UUUCCACCCGCCCGUAUUACCCGAAACCAAUGAUGUGCUACAACUGUACCCAAUAUGGUCACACCAAAAUGAGCUGCAAGGUAGCGCAAAAUUGUUCCAACUGCGGUACACCAGCCCACGGAGAAUGCAUCGUCGAUCCCGUGUGUUUGAACUGCAAAGGACCCCACAACGCCUUCUCCCGUUCCUGUCCACGACGGCUCCGUUCAUCUGGACUCAGCUGGCUGUGGGAUCCAUUCCAAUUCAGAUAACUGCGCCAUUAAACUACCUAACCACACUUCAAUUUUCUCCGCCGAAGCAACAGCAAUCCUAUUGGCCGCCGACGAAGGACUACGGACCGACCGACCGAACGUCAUUUUUUCCGACAGUGCCAGUGUCCUGGCCGCACUGGAACACGGCACCUCCAAAGAUCCCUACAUCCAGCUCCUUGACGCCAUUCCUGCAUCCCCGACAAUCGUUUUCUGCUGGAUCCCUGGUCAUUCCGGAAUUCGUGGAAACGAGAAAGCCGAUCGUCUGGCCAACCGAGGUCGACUAAAUCAAGAUACAACACACAACAUCCUCUCCCGCCGAGAUGCCAUUCGCUUCACCAACACCAUAGUCUCUCAACACUGGAACUGCACCUGGAACAACGUAGACCCCUCCACAAACCUUCGUUCCAUCAAGCAAACUACCGCUUCAUGGGACGAUACCGAUUCCAGCCAUCAUCAACGAAUCCUGUCCCGCCUUCGGAUAGGCCACACCCGCCUGACCCACUCCUACAUCCUCGACAAAUCCAGUCCUCCACUCUGCAGUUAUUGCGGCGUUGAUAUCACCGUCCGCCACAUCCUCACCGAUUGCCACGGAUACACGACACACCGAGCCACCUGCCAACUAGACACCGACUUCACCACAAUUCUAUCGCCUGACAAAGUACAAGAGAAACGCCUCAUUCGAUUUUUACGCAUCAGCCACCUUUAUAAAGAAAUUUAAUCAAUAGCUUUAAUAUGUAUUCAGCCACAACCGCAAUAGUUCCGUUCC